AGCUGUGGAGGCCUAUAAAUGGGGCGCCGGAGACCACGCGGCUUUCUUUUUUUCUCCGUAGCCGCCAUUAUGGAUACGAGCCGCGUACAGCCGAUCAAGCUGGCCCGGGUCACUAAGGUGCUAGGCCGGACCGGCUCCCAGGGCCAGUGCACACAGGUGCGGGUGGAAUUCAUGGACGACACCAGCCGGUCCAUCAUCCGGAACGUGAAGGGCCCGGUGCGGGAGGGUGAUGUGCUGACCCUGUUGGAGUCCGAGCGUGAAGCCAGAAGGCUGCGUUAACGGUGCAGGCGUUGGAAUACUGACUCAAGGGACAAUGGCAGCCUAAUCAUGUGAAAUAAAAGACUGUUUGUAUAAGUGUUCA